CUAUGAAAUAUGAAUUAACUGUCUAUGGAAUUAACAGGAAAUUUAAACAAGAAAACACUGAUGGCUUUUUUUUGAUAUUUACCUUGUCGGAAAAUUAAAAUCUUCAUGAUGAUUUUUUUUUACAAUAGUAUUUGCCAUGUAUGUAAGGAAUAUAAGAAGGAUGCAAUGAAAAGAUGUGGUUCCUGUAAAUUUAUCACUUAUUGUUGUAAAGAACAUCAAAUAUCUGACUGGAAAAAUCAUAAGCAAAUUUGCUCUCUUUUGGCGAAUUCUCAGAAAAUUUUUACUCUAAAUGUUAACUGUGGAUACAACCAGUGGAGAUCAUAUAGAACUCUUUUACAAUUAUAUUUGCAACAGUCAUUAGAACGAGAAUUAUUGCCAUAUGAGAAUCAAAUGUGGAUGUUCCCUAGGGCAUGUGCUAUAUGUUAUUCCAGAGAAAACUUGAGAGAUUGUGAGAAUUGCCUUUGUGUUGCUUAUUGUUCAUCCGAACAUCAAACAAUCCAUAAAGAGCUUCAUUAUUCAGUUUGUUAUAGUUUGAAGUUAUGCUUAGAUUAUGAUCGAUUUUAUUCAAGAGUACAAUAUCAAGCUGCUAAAGAAAUAAAAUUGAAAGAAAUCAAAACUGACAUUAGGCAUUUACCUGAUAAUAUACAUAAAUGUAUGGAAAAUAUUUUGGACAUGUCAAACUUUAGUGAUUCUCUUGAUAAAAUAUAUGUAAGUGAUACUUUUGCUACUAUGUUGACAAUUAUUUAUGGCUUAGAGAAAUGUAACAUUUUGAAGGAUCGCAAAUUGAAAACAAGCAAUUUAGUAGUUCACAUAGUAGGUGCUGAUAUUUUCGAAUUAAUGACUGAUUGGAAAUUAAAUUUUCAACUUUUGAAUAAUUGGAUAAUAAACUUGGAUAGCUGUAAAUUCAUCUUUAUUGGUCCUGAUUGUAAAUGGAACAAACCUCCAGAAUAUGAUUGUGAAAAUAUUAAAGUUGAAUAUGUGAAUGAUUUUUAUCAUAAUGCAAACAAUAUAGAUCAUGCAGACCUUAUUGUAACAUUCAAUUCUGGUUUACAUGAGUUUGAAUUUGAUAAUCAGCAAGAUACUUGGAAAAAGUCCUUAGAAAAAUUAAUUAAUAGCGAAGCCCCUUUAGUAAUAACUUCUUAUACGAAACAAGAAUUAGAAGAAGAUCUUAAACGAUUUGAAUUAUUUCCAAAGAAGACAAUUAAACAUAUUGAAAAAAAUGUUUAUUCAAAUCUCAGACCCAUACGCGACUGGGAUUCUGAAUUAUGUACUCCUUUUUAUGUUAAUGGAUACAUUGCAAUUCUUGCAGGUAUACAUUAUAGUGAAUAAAUUGUAGUUUAUGUAGGGUAAAUGCACUGGUUCUCGACCAGUUAACAGAAACAUCGAUUUCGAGCACGACUUUUUCACACAUAAACUUAUCAAAUUUUAAUGGUGUUGGUGUUCAUCGAUUCUUUGGCGAGUUUUAAA